AUGGCCAGCGCCGCCGAGGCGUUUGCGAACCGCAAGUUCAGCAUCAACCGCAACACGGGUGUUCCCAGACCUGCGCGCCGUUUCUCCAUUGGGGAGCCAGGCCUGAACGAGGCCAGCAGUAAAAUCCAUCGCCAAUUCAGAGCUGCCCAUGAAGGCCAUCUCCCCCAUGCCGGUCUAGACGCGACUAGGGCCUCUACCGGUGUAGUAUGGUGUACCGAGCGAGCUGCCGAGUUUGGCUUCCUCGAGGAGCCCGACAAGUGGGCCAACCUGGGUCAGGGUGCCCCCGAGGUCGAGGAUGACAUUGAAGGCUGCUUCGCCCGCCCUACCCACAUCGACAUCAGCGCUGCCAGCCGCGAGUAUGGCCCAACUGCGGGCAUCAAGCCCCUGAGGGAGGCCGUUGCUCGUCUGUACAACGAGAUGCACCGCAAGGGCAAGCCGAGCCAGUAUACCUGGGAGAACGUCGCCAUCGUGCCCGGUGGUCGUGCUGGUCUCAUCCGUAUCGCUGCCGUCCUGAACAACGCCUAUGUUGGCUUCUUCAUUCCCGACUACACGGCGUACAACGAGAUGCUCUCGCUGUUCAAGAACUUUGCCGCCAUCCCCGUCCCCCUAUCCGAGGAAGAUGGCUACCACAUCCAUCCCGAGAAGAUUGCCGAGGAAAUCUCCCGCGGCACUGGCGUCAUUCUCACGUCGAACCCGCGGAACCCAACCGGCCGCGUCGUCCAGAACCCGGAGCUGGCCGAGAUUCAGGACAUCUGCCGGGAGCGUGCCACCUUUGUGAGCGACGAGUUCUACUCGGGCUACAACUACACCAGCAACUGUGAUGGGUCUACCAUCAGCGCCGCCGAAAACGUCAUCGAUGUUGACGAGGACGACGUGUUGAUCAUCGACGGCCUGACCAAGCGCUUCCGCCUUCCCGGCUGGCGUGUCGCCUGGAUCCUUGGCCCCAAGGAGUUCAUCAAAGCCAUCGGCUCGUGCGGCUCGUACCUCGACGGCGGCACCAACGUGCCCUUCCAGGAGGCGGCGGUACCCAUGCUGGAGCCGUCGCUGGUCAAGACGGAGAUGGUGGCGCUGCAGACGCACUUCCGGCACAAGCGCGACUACGUGGUCGGCCGCCUACGCAGCAUGGGCUUCGUCAUCCGCCACGUGCCCGACUCCACCUUCUACCUGUGGCUCAACCUCGAGGGCCUGCCCGGCCCCAUCUCGGACGGCCUCAACUUCUUCCAGGCCUGCCUCAACGAGAAGGUUAUCGUUGUGCCCGGUAUCUUCUUCGAUCUCAACCCCGCCCGCCGCCGCGAUCUCUUCGACAGCCCCUGCCAUCACUUUGUGCGCUUCUCGUACGGCCCUCGUAUGGACGUGCUGAAGAUGGGCUGUGAUGGUAUUGAGAGGGUCAUCAACAAGUUCAAGAACUUGGUGAGCCAUUAG